GGGCGAUGAAAAAUGAGAAGCGGUCGAUUAUGACAAUAAUUUUAAAUACUUGCACGAUUAUGCUGGUUGUAAUUCGUGUGCUAAAGUUUGCAAAAUAGUGUAAAUGGAGGCGACACGCGACGCGGUGUUUUUGUAUAUGUAAAAUGUAUCCUUUUUUAAAUUUUUAAUCCCAAAUAUCCAAAUUUGUGGCCAACAUUUUUAUCGAUACGCCCAUGGAAAUGACUUGAGACGCUAAUGGUACCUAACGAAAAUUUUCCGCUUCCGAUAACUUAAGUCACAGGCCACAGCCACAGCUUACUUAUAAUUUAGCCGGGGUUUAGCCAUUAAUCAAUAAAGUUUUGGUGGUUUAUUUAUGGUUUCAGGUUUUGAAGUGUUAAGUAACAUGCCAGUUAAAUGUGAACAAUGCAAUAAAAUGUUUUCAAAUCUUUAUAAUAUGAAUAGACAUAUUCGUAAGGUACAUAAAAUGAAACCUGCCUCAGAUAACACCAGUGUGUGGAAGUGUAAGUGCUUGGAAGAUGACUGCAAUAAAUCAUUUCCGAGAAAUAAUGCACUAAUCACUCAUCUAACAGAAGAACAUAAUAAGACAUUUGAUUACACUGAAAUUUCAUUAAAGGAUAUGGAUGAAUUUCAGUCCUGGAAAUCCUCAAUUGAGAAAGAAACGAAAUGCAGCUACAUAUUUAAAUCCAAAAUUAAUAGUGCAGUUGGUUUUACGAUGUACUAUAAUUGUAAUCGAAGUUUUGCAGGAAAAGGACCGAGAGACAAAAAUAAACAAUAUAAACGAUUACUAAAAAGUAAGGGCUCAUGUAAAAUGUCAUCUUAUUGUACUAGCCAAAUUAAAGUAACAAAGAAAGGUGGAAGUGAUAUACUGAUACAAUGGCAAAAAACACACUAUGGUCACACAUUUGAUUUAAAACACAUAAGACUUUCAAUUCAAGAUCGUGAAGAAGUUGCCUUGAAACUAAUUAGUGGUGUUACUUCGGAAAAGAUCUUAGAAGAAAUACAAAAUGGUUUAGAAAAGGAAUUAAAAAGACUAGACCUAUUAACUCGCAAAGAUAUCUGGAAUAUUAAGGAGAGAUUCAAUAUCAAAGAUAGUGAUGGGGAAAGACUUGUAAACGAUGCAAUCUCUGUAGAUUUAUCGGUUCAAGAAUACAGUACAAAUGAUUCAGAAGACAACCCAGAGUUAUUGUUAUAUAUAUUUGAGAGACAUAUAGAGGCAUUGGCUCUCAAUUAUAACAUUGAGACUUAUGAGAAAUAUUGGAAAAUAUUUCAAGAGUCUGGCGAUUUUUACACUGUAAUUAAACUAUCUGACUCAAAAUGUUGUGAAGAAUAUUGUCCAGCUUGUAAUAUAUGCAAACAUAUGUAUUCUUGUACUUGUCAAGAUUUUGAGGAAACUAUUAUAUGUAAACAUGUACACUAUAUCCAUUGUAACACUGUCAACAGUAUUGGAGAAAAUGUUGAUAAUUAUAACGAUGUGAAAGAGAACAAUGUCGGCGUAACUUCCAUACCUCAAAGCAAUAAGUCUGAUGCUCAAAAUUUAAAAUUAAACAAAAUGAUUAAUAAAGUAUGUUAUAAGUUGCAGCAAUGUGAAUUUGAAACAUUGAAUGAUGAGGUUAUUCAACAAAUUGCUUACCAUUUGAAAAUGCUAAAUAAGUUAAUAAUAUUGCCGAAAUAUAAUGAAAAGCAAAUAUUACAAAACAACAAUGUAAUUAUUGAGCCUCAAUUGCGAUUUUCUUCUACAAAAAGGAAGCGUAAAAAUGUAAAAAGAAAAAAUACUUAUGAAAGGUCAACUACUAUAAACAAUGUUUUAAAUAACCAAACUAAUUUAUGUGUUUCUACGUCACCCAUAUAUGACCACAUGUAUUAUGAAUAACGUGCACUUUGCAAACUCAACUGAAUUAUUGUUCAUUAUUAUUAAUUAUUCUUAUUGCAUUAGACCACAGAAAACAAUGCAUGUUAAAUUUCUGUAAUAUGCUUUUUUUUAUGGUUUAACAACUGUUCGAUCCAUAACAUAUACCGGGUAGGGAUUUAACAUGGGAAAUUAGUUUUAUGCAAUAUCUUGCCUUCCUGUACAUUUUACCGAAAAAACUAGAGUUUAAAGUUGUUCAGAAUUAAAAGAUGCAUACAAAACUCUUUUUAUUAAGCUUUUGGUAAACCUGCAAAUUUAAAAAUAAAUUUUAAUGUUUCUGUUAUGAGU